AUGCUGACAGCAAUAUCAACCUUCAGGGAGCACGUGCUAGCUUUUACAUGCAUGGCGCGUGGAGAACGACCCUUCAUUCGCAGGGCCUUGGUGCUGUGUGUAGUGGCAGUGGGUUGCUUGCAGCAAGGCUUUGUGCUUCAGGCUUUGUCUAGAAGACAUGUCGGGCUGGUUGCUGGUUGCCUCCUUCUGAGCACUGGUGCCGGGGAUGUGAAAGCAGCUACGGUGACACAGGCUGACAAAGACAGGCUAGCAAGAGGCUACAAAGAAAUGGUCUACAUGAUGAAGAAUUGGGACACUGUCACACGCAAGUGUGAAAAGAACCAGGAGAACAUACAGCGAGCUUUGCAAUCUGGGCAGUUGUCUCCAAACAGUUGCGUCGCGAGCCCGCUAGUAGUUCGGAAGUACCUUGGACAGACCUCUACAAAAGCUGAUCUAUUCAAUACGAAAGACUUGUUGGUCAACCUGGAGUUGGCGGGAAACGUUGAUUCAAAGUUUGAAGAUGAGUAUGGUGAUUUGGUUGAGGACUUUGAAACCUUCAAGCGCCAGGAGGCAAGUUGA